AUGCGGGAUAACAACUGGGAAGAGGUUGUUGCUAAGAAGAGGCAACAACAGGCCGAUGCCAUCUCGACUUUCGUUUCAACAGAGUUGUCGGAUAUCAAAGAACGACAUAAUUUCUAUAGCACCAUUACCGAUAUUGACGAUGUAGCUCUCCUAGCGCAAAAGAUUGCCAGCGGCCAAUUCUCAAGUGAGGAUGUGGCUAAGGCUUUUAUUUCAAGGAAAGUUGAGGCGAUUGAGGCACAAAAGAAAACAAACUGCCUUACUGAAAUAUUGUUCAAAGAUGCUCAAGCUCAAGCUCGGGAGCUCGAUCGCUAUUAUGCUAAGGAAGGAAAGCCUAAAGGGCCUUUCCACGGUAUCCCCAUUAGCUUGAAAGAUCAGUUCAACGUCAAAGGUUACGACACUACCCUUGGUUAUACCAGCAGAGCGUUCAAACCAGCCUCCGAAGACGCAGUUCUCGUAAACAUACUGAAGAAAUUGGGUGCCAUUAUGAUUUGCAAAACCAAUCUUCCACAAAGUAUCAUGUGGGCUGAGACUGAUAAUCCUCUUUGGGGAUUAACUGAAAACCCAGUGAUAUCUGGUUAUACACCAGGAGGCUCGUCAGGUGGCGAGUCCGCAUUGAUAUACUCCCAUGGAAGCUUGGUAGGGUUUGGGUCAGACUUGGGUGGCAGUAUUCGUAUGCCUGCUCAUCUCAUGGGACUAUAUGGUUUCAAACCAAGUAGCUCUCGGCUGCCAUAUGCCGGUGUACCAGUUUCAACUGACGGCCAAGAGCACGUUCCUUCAUCUAUUGGCCCUCUUGCUCGCUCGCUCUCGUCUAUCUAUGAACUGACGAGGGAGAUCACACUACAAGAGCCUUGGACGAAAGAUUGCCGCUGCAUUCCAAUCCCUUGGCGCCAGAAUACCUACGACAAUAUCCUGAAGCGAAAGCUGACGAUUGGUGUUUUACGCGAUGAUGGAGUUGUGAAACCUCAUCCGAGUAUCUCAAGAGUAAUAGAAGACGCUGUGGCCGCGCUGGUCGCUGAUGGCCAUGAGCUGGUCGAGUGGAAACCCGAUUUACAUACGGACUGUAUUGAGCUCAUGGACGCAUACUUCACUGUCGACGGCGGAGAAGACAUCCGUCGUGAAGUAGAGGCUGGAGGCGAACCCUUCAUCCCUGCUGUGGAAAGGCUCCUGAAUCGCGGAAAGCCCAUCUCUGUGUUUGACUACUGGCAACUGAACAAACGCAAACGAGAGCUACAACAAGCAUAUCUCGAAAAGUGGAACAACACUCUCUCAGCCAAAGGCAAGACUGUAGAUGCUAUCAUAAUGCCUGCCCUUCCACACUCAGCUGUUCCUCAUAGAUCCAUCCGAUGGGUAGGAUACACGAAAGUCUGGAAUCUGCUCGAUUACACAGCACUUGUGAUCCCUGGUGGAUUUGUUGAGCCUCAGGACCUUGAAGCAAAAUGGGAUCAUGAACCAAGGAAUGAGAUGGAUGAGGGGAAUAGUCGCCUCUGGGAAGAGAACAAGCAUGAUAUGGUCGAGAAUCGACUUCCUGUGGAUAUUCAGAUUGUUGGGCGUAACUUAGAGGAGGAGAAGGUGCUGGCUAUUGGAAAAGUGGUAGAUGAUCUUCUACGUAGCAAGUGA